AAUCUAGCCUAAAUACCAAAGUUAAAGCAACAAUUAUAUAAAUAUAAUUCACACCAACAAUAAUAAAUAAUAAAAAAAACUGCUAGCUCAAUUUUUUCCAUCAAUACCAUUCCGAAAGAACACAUUGCAGAAUUACUUUUAUUAAAACGAGAGUAAUGCAUGUUGGUAUUUUUGUUUUUUCAUUUUAGGUUCAUUAACAAUGGUGCGGCACUAUGUGAGAAAGCGUGGAAGUCGUCAAUAUAAAAAUUAUUCAGAAAAAAAUCUGGAAAAAGCUUUGAAUGAGGUUCGUGCAAAGAAGAUUUCUGUUCGUGCAGCUGCUGAAAAAUAUGGCAUUCACAGAAACACACUUUCUGGAAAAAUCCAUGGUAAACAUCCAAAUGCUUCAGGUGGGCAGACAACAUUUUCCAGCGAUGAAGAAGGCUUGUUUGCGAAGUACAUUAUUGCUAUGUCAACUUAUGGGUUCCCACUGACUGCAUUUGAUUUGCAGAUGACUGUAAAGAACUACCUUGACAAAUGUGGUAGACAUGUAAAGAAGUUUAAAAACAAUGUCCCAGGGCGGGAUUGGGUAGAAUCAUUUCUCAAAAGGCACAAACAAGAUUUAAGUACAAGACUUGCAAGAAAUAUCAGUCAUGCUAGGGCUCGUUCUGAUGAAGGGACCAUCAAUACUUUUUUUGAUAAUUUUUCCAAAGAGGUGGAAGUAGUUUCACAUUCUAAUAUAUGGAACUUCGACGAAAGUAACUUGGUAGACGAUCCGGGCUGUAAAAAGGUUAUAGUUAAGAAAGGUACAAAGUACCCUGAAAAAAUUAGAAAUGCUACGAAAGCAUGUACCACUAUAAUGUUAUGUGGAAAUGCAGAAGGGAUUCUUGCCCCCAUUUACAUUAAUUACAAAGCUGAGAAUCUGUGGCAGACUUGGACAGAGGGGGGACCAGACGGGGCUCAUUACAAUAGAACCAGAUCCGGAUGGUUCGAUGCUGCGUGUUUUGAGGACUGGUUCACAAAACUUAUGCUCCCAAUUCUUAAACAGCAACCAGGAAAGAAAAUUAUAAUGGGAGAUAAUUUGAGUGCCCAUUUGAAUAUAGAAGUUCUAAAUCUCUGUGAGAAAUAUAAUAUUUCGUUCAUUUUGUUACCUCCAAAUGCUACACAUCUACUACAACCUUUGGACGUAGCAUACUUUCGCUCCAUGAAAGGUGAGUGGCGAAAGAUUCUGAGUGAGUGGAAAGAGACAUCCUAUGGAAGCAGAUGUGCUACUAUACCAAAAGAUCAGUUUCCACAUCUUUUGAAGACCUUGUUGGAUAACCUUGCAGUAAGAGGACAACAAAAUUUGAAGUCUGGCUUUAAGAAAUGUGGGCUUGUGCCACUAGACAGAAAUAAAGUUCUAGCAAAACUGUGUGACAGUGUAAUGAAAGAAGUUACAGAUGCUGAUAACUCUCCAACCUUAAGGAUCAGUGACAGUUUUUUAGAGGAACUGAAGAAAAGAAGGCACGAAGAAGUGAAAACACAUGGGAAAACAAGAAGGCGGAAAUUAACUGUACCACCAGGAAAAAGUGUUUGUGCAAAUGAUUUGUCAAGCAAUGCAUAUGAAAAUGAGCCUAGUACCAGUCAACCGAAAACAGGUCGGAAAAAUCAGAAACAGAAAACCAGAGAUCAACAAGACACCAGUAGCAGUGAUAUAGAAGAUGAUGUGCAAUAUGAUGAUACUGAUGCCAGUGUAGAAGAUCUUAUUGAGUCAGACUCUGAAUCUAAUGAUUCAAAUGGACGUGUGGUAGUUACAGACACAUUGGCAUCAAGUGUGUGUGAUUCUCUGUCGAAAGAUCUUAGUAUUGGGGACUUUGUAGCAUUUCUUUAUGAUGACAUAGUUUAUCCUGGGACAGUUACAGCGAUAGACGAAUCAGAUGUCAGAAUAAGUGCUAUGAGCAGGACUGGUAAAUACUGGAAGUGGCCUGAAAAAAAAGAUGAAAUCUGGUAUAAGAAAACAGCUGUUAUCAAGAUGCUUCCUCACCCAAAACAAUUAUCACUUGGUGGAUCUAAAAAAACGAAUCGUUUAUGCUUACCUAUGUAAAUGUAAUUUUGUUGCCUACUGUA